ACCCUGGAGCAUGAGUUCCCUCAAUCCUUUCUUUCAUUUCCAAUCUUAAACCCCCAACAACAAACAACGUUCCCUCUAUUUUACAUGCUUUGUUUAGCUUCAAUUUAGGAGAGAUAACAAUGGCAUCCCUUUCUUUCCCUCCUUUUCACUCACUUUCCAGGUGGAAGUCGAAUCCAAUUUGUUUCCCGGUGCGUCCUCUGGAUUUCUGCUUGCGGUACAAGUGCUGUCUCUCGGCCAAGAAAAAUGCUGACAUUUUUUCUCAAGAGGAACCUAGUGAAAACAGAGCAGUUGUUGAGAAGAAGACUUUGGGAACUACUCGACGGACUGCAACACGAAGUAGGAAGAAAGCAAAAGACGAAGUGCUCGAUGAAACUGGUUCUGAUAACAAGGAAAGCGCGUCUGCUUCAAGUGAAGAUAAAAAUAAAACCUCCAGGAGGACUAGAAAGAAAGUGCCAUCGGCUUCUACUACUACCAAGGAAACAAAACCAGAGAAAAAGGUGAGGAGGAGAAGGACAACGAAGAAGGGUGAUGAUAAAGAAGUGCACCAAAGUGAAACUGAAAUUAGUGACAUGGAGGAUUCGGCUCUAGUGCCAAAUGUGGGUGAUGAGAGUGAGGAAGACCUUGAAUUGAGCAUAGAUGAAGGUGAAGAUAUUAGUUUCACCUACGGAUGGCCUCCGCUCGUUUGUUGCUUCGGAGCUGCACAGCAUGCCUUUGUUCCUUCCGGAAGGCCAGCCAACAGACUUGUAGAUUACGAAAUUCAUGAGAGAAUGAAAGAAGCACGAUGGGCACCUGAAAAAUUCGUUAGGGCACCCGGGAGUUGCGCUGGCAGUGUCGCUCUUGCUCUUGCUAAGCUGGGUGGUAAAGUAGCCUUCAUGGGAAAGCUCGGUGAUGAUGACUAUGGUCAGGCCAUGCUAUGGUACUUAAAUGUGAACAACGUUCAAACACGAUCGGUUCAAAUUGAUAGUAAAAGGCCAACAGCUAUGUCACAGAUGAAAGUUAGCAAGAGAGGUCGCCUGAGAAUGACUAAUCUUAAAUCAUGCGCCGAGGAUUCUCUUUCCAAAUCCGAGAUCAAUAUCGACGUGCUUAAAGCGGCGAAAAUGUUCUACUUCAGCACACAUUCUCUUCUCGAUCAUAACAUGAGAUCAACUACGUUGAGAGCUAUCAAGAUUUCCAAGAAAUUAGGAGGCGUUAUUUUCUACGAUGUAAACCUUCCACUGCCACUUUGGCGGUCCGAUGAAGAGACCAAAAUGUUCAUAAAAGAAGCAUGGAACCUUGCUAAUGUUAUUGAGGUUACUAAGCAAGAACUGGAGUUUUUGUGUGGAAUAAAGCCUACGGAAGAAUUUGACACCAAGAACAAUGCGAGCUCGAAAUUUGUCCAUUAUGAUCAUGAAGUGGUUGCACCACUUUGGCAUGAGAAUCUCAAGACUUUGUUUGUAACAAAUGGGACUUCCAAGAUACACUAUUACACUAAAGAGCAAAAUGGUGCAGUGCAUGGGAUGGAGGAUGCCCCCUUAACCCCCUUCUCGCAAGAUAUGUCGGCAUCUGGAGAUGGCAUCGCUGCAGCCCUCCUGAGAAUGUUAACGGUUCAGCCAGAUCAGCUUACUAAUAAAGGAUACUUGGAACACACACUUAAGUAUGCAAUUGACUGUGGGGUCAUAGACCAAUGGAUAGUUUCGUGUACACGGGGCUGCCCUCCGAGGGAAGGUAUUGAAGAAGAAGAAGAAGAAGAAACAGAAGUAGACACAGUCCCUGAUCCAAAUGGCAUAAGAUCGAUAACGGAAAGGGAAUACCGCACACUAGUGGAAACCGCAGAUAUAUCGGAACAUGGCACUAUGUUGGAAUCGGUAAGAAUAUCAUAGAUGCAAUUCUGAUUCGUAUAGUUCAUUUCAUUUUAUGCCUUCUGAAAGUAUCUUCUCAACUUGGAAGCCAAAUUUUGAAUGAAUGAAGUCUGCUCGAGCUUGUUUUUUUGUAAAAACUGAGCAUGUUU